AUGGGGAACUCGCAAUCGCCGCCCGCCGAUCCCCUCUUCGUCCUGGCGAGCAGGUGACUCUCUCUCUCUCUCUCUCUAAAUCUGAUUCACAUGGGGAAAGGUCCAACGGUGGAAGCUUUGUUUGUAGGGCUUUUACUAAGCAGGAACUUGACGAGCUCCGAGCGCUCUUUGUGUCACUCUCCGCCCAGUCGCAGAGCGACUCCCGGUUCGUUUCUCCCUCUGUCUUCCAGGUUCUCUCCCUCUCUCUAUCUCUAUCUAUCUAUCUAUCUAUCUAUCUACAUCUCUUCCCCCUUCUCAAUCUUUCUCUGCCCUUGGAAUAUGUGAAUUGUAUCUUCCCACAAUUUUUCUGGACUGAGCCGAUUCUCCCCGUAGGCAUACUACGGAAUCAAUGGCGCACUGUGCGAGAGGAUGUUCAACUUGGUAACUCAGCGCCGAGGAGACGGCAUGCUCACUUUCGAGGAUCUGGUCGUCGCCAAAGCAUGUCUACCGCCCUUCUCCAACCUCCUUUCCCUUUUCCCUCCCUCCUGCUGAUCUCUGCUUCCACUGACCAUUCCGCUGAUUUCAUAGACCAAAAGAUGUGAGGAAUACGCGCCUGUGAGAGACUAGAUUGAUUUAAUUGUUCGCUGGGACUGAAAACCGUAGCCAUUUCUCCCCUCAUUCGUGUUCUUCAUUCAUUUAGAGAGCUGACGUUCUCGUGGGCAUCUGCCCUAGGCGAUGACCGACUUGAUAUUAAGUCAGCCAACAUUGAUCACGAGAUGCCUUGCUUCUUAUGGAUGUUAAUGCUCAUUUUCUCCUGUUUUCCUGCGUUUCCAUCACGCAGGCCGUGUAUGAGAAGGGAACUCCGCAGGAAAUUGAGGAGUUCAUCUACCAGCUCUGCGAUGUUUCUGGAGAUGGCCUCCUGAGAAGGUAGCUCUGACCUUUGUCUUCUUUCUGUAUUCGGAAGUGGUGAUUAUCAUCUCUCGAGCUACUUUAAGUCAAAACUUUGUUGAACCCCGUAGAAUAGUAAUGGUCUUUGCUUUUAUAUGUUGACUUCUUCCUCUGUGGGUUAUGGGAUUAUAACAUUCAUAUAUUAUUCUUUAAUAUUCCUUAACUAGUUUCAUAACAGUUCAUAUUCUUUUCUUCCUCCUCAGAGUAAGCAUUUCUUAAAAGCAUGCUGCUGCAGUGAGAGAAAAUGAGACGCCGUGUGCCAAGAAUCAAACUUAACUGAUAAAGAAGAAGAAGAAGAAAACACGCAUCCCCAAGUAUUAAGAGGAUCUUUUGAUGAUUUUAUGAAGAAAAAAUCAGAAAUUUCGGGACAAAUUGAUUAAGAAAAAAAUCCUUGAAACAAAAAGAAACUGCAUAGACAUGCGAAGAACACAUGGAAGAUUCGCACGCUUCCUUUUUUCGUUCUAUCUCGGCCGACUUGGGAAUGACCCAAAAAAUAGUAGCUGCACAUUCCCAUCUAUAUCACCUACGAAACUCAAUCAAUUAUGAAAUCGAUCAAAAUAGUCUUGAUCGCUCGUUGGAGCAUCUGGUAUGUAUAAAAAGCUUAGUCAAAAUUGGCUGAUCAAGAUUCAUCAUGCAGAUUUUAUGGGUGUGAUCAUAAGGUUUAUCCCAAUGUUGAAAGCGUGAUCUUAUUUGGCAGAUAUUUUGAAGGGUUGCCUAGACUUACUAAAUUUUCAUCCCAGGUCUGAUCUAGAAGCUGUUUUAAAAUCAAUACAGGAUACUGUCUUUUCUACGAAGAACACUGAGCAUGGUUUGAGCCCACAUCAGGACUUCGUUAGUAUAUUUGUCAACGCUGCCUCUUUUUCGGAAAGACUUGGAGAUUCAAAUGAAAAUGUCAUGUCUGCCACAGACUUCAGGGUUUGGUGUAACGCCGUGCCAUGUGUGAGGAAAUUUCUUCGAGGCCUUCUGACGCCUUCUGAACCAGGUAUUCUUAGUAACUGAGUCCUUAAAAAGGAAAAAGAUGUAUCACGAUUUAUGUAAUCGUUUUGCCACCCAGCUAUAUAGAUUCUGGGUUGACUCCUCGGUUGACUUCUCGGUCUGUUUGACUCUUGUUAAUAACAAUUUUUGUAUUUCCUGUUUAAACUUAACUCUUUCGAUUUAUUUUUUUUAUGGCACUCUAAUUUUCUUCCUCGUCCAUCAUUUAGGUGGGGUGGGCCGUCAAGUUCCUAGACUGCAAUAUCCGAAAACUUUAAGGUCGGACAUGCUUCUUAUGACCAGGGAGUAUGCCUGGCAUGUUGGUGGUCUUCUCAGCCCGGAUGAGCUGGAGGAAUGGAGGCUCCUGUAUCACAGCGCUCUCAAUGGCCAGAGUUUCAACACCUUUUUGGGCAGUUUAUCGUAAGUGCCCAGAGUUCUCAAAUCAUUGUUCUGCGCCCGUUGUUGCCUCGAGAUUUUGAAGAGCCUUGUAACGUUGACCUCCACGAAGAUGAAUGUAACUGGGUUCCACUGUUGGCAUUCUUCCUGGAGGUUGAGCGCCCUUGGCAUCAAGGUCUCCUGGGCCUGGCAGUGAUUAAUCUUCUCUCCCUUGCCCACGUCAAUUAGAUUGAACGUGCUCAGAAUGCAAAAACAGAUUUUGUUGUGAACAAUUGGAUUGCUCGAUUGCAUAAUUCGAUUUAUUUAAAAGUGAAAUUGGAGAGGUAAAAUGUGUCCACUUCGUUUCUGUGGCAAGAAAUCUGACACUCCAUUGUGCUCUUCCUUCUGCAGGGAUGCUGGCGGCCCAACUAUCCUAGUAAUCAGAGACAAAGAAGGUUACAUAUACGGAGGCUACGGCUCUCAGCCAUGGGAGAAGCACAGCAGCUUCUAUGGAGACAUGAAGUCCUUCCUCUUUCAGCUCUUUCCAAAGGCAUCAAUAUUCAGGCCCACCGGGGCAAAUGCUAACCUGCAAUGGGUAAGUUUCUCAUUGAAUAUUUGUUAAUAUAUCGCAUGAUCUUCCUUUUGUCUAUCUUAUUAAAUCCUCUAAAUGGGCUCUUGGUUACUGAUCCUGGCGGCUGUCAUUUCAGAUUUUUCCAGUAAUCAUCUGGGUAUGGAAGGUUCCGAGUUCAGUAAUUAACUCAUGCUACACAAUUACCUACAUCUGUCUAUUUAUUUAUUGAAUGAAACCUAUGCCUCACCCAGCUACAUCCCGUAAAAGAGAUUACUUUUUACUUGGUUUACUUCAACUUUUCUUUAAAACUGGGUUCUCUGACGUGUAUUUAUCUGUGUCAUUUGAAUAUUACAUAGUAACAAGAUUUUUCUUAAAAAUUAUUCCUGUAUGUCGAUAAUGGAGUCGGAUUUCUGAAUUCGGAACAUUAUACUUUUCCUCCUUUCAUCUUGGUGACAGUAGUUUGAGUCGCAUGUAAAUAUUAUCUAACUUGAAUAUUUAUGGGUGUUAUAAUAACUUAUAACUUAGAAUAACAUAUUUGUAGACCUCACAUCCCAUGAAUCGGAACGUUUUGUCUUUCUUUUUCCAACUUGGUUGAUAAGAGCCGAGUCAGAGUAUGAAUGAAGAUUAUCCAACAAGAACACUCAUUUCUGUGAUCCCAAUAUCAUUCAUUCUCGCCCAUUAAACAAUCAGCCUGAGAUUUACAACAACAUAUGUAUUCAUUCAAAUCUAGCCCUCAUCUCUAUAUUACGCAUUCCGCAGUGUGCUGUGAACUUCAGCUCGGACGGAAUCCCCAACGGCGUUGGGUUCGGAGGGCGCGCGAACCACUUCGGGCUCUUCCUCUCCUCGAGUUUUGACCAGGGUCACACCUUCCCCUGCUCCACCUUCGACAGCCCCUGCCUCUCCAAGGCCUCUCUGAUCCUGCCCGACGUGAUUGAGUGUUGGGGGAUUGUGCCCGGAGGAGCCCUCGGCGAGAAUCCCGAACCGGCAAAGGGCACAAUCUUGGAGAGGUUCAAGGAGGACCGCAACAUGCUUAAACUGGUCGGGCUGGCUGGCUCCAGCGACUGA